CCGAAGUCAGUGUACUCUCGCUUCAAAACCUUUCAGCAGCGCGCCUUGACCGCAACUGCCGUAUUCUGCGGCUUUCUCGCGCAAGUUUCGAGAACCACUGUGCUGGCCGCUGGUCCAGAAAUUGUCGCAACCCAUCACACAACGGCGAAUGUAAUCAGCAUCAGCAAUACGGUCUUCCUUACAUUCACGGGCCUAUCGGCGUUCAUAUGGAGGGGCCUUGGGCUGACAUUUUCGGCCGUCGCUCUGUCUGUGGUACCUCCACAAGUACAACUGGGUACGUCUGACUACAUGUCUUCCUUACAGCAUCGUACUAUUUCUUGUUUUUACAAUUGGAACGGCUUUGGCGCCUUGACCAGAGCUAUUCUUCCUCUUCAGAGCUUUCAAUGCAUGUUAGGGGACCUCAAUGCUCAUCCUCGGGUCUACUUAUGCAGCAUCAACGAAAAGAUUCUGAAUUGA